AUGUUUAAAAAAGUCACCCGAUUCAUAGUGAAUGAAAUGGAUCCAGAUGGAGACCUGGUCCCAGUUCGCAGCAUUUUGGACCACGAACAUUUCAGACCCCUCUGCCUAGUGAGAAGAAAAAGAAAAGCCAUAUUCUGCCCAUCUCCCUGCUACAAACAGACGUGGUACAAACUGGAUGACGUGCUGCUGCCUGGACAGGAUGGUAAAAGCUCAGAGUCCCUCAUUCCCGAAGGAAGUGAUCAAGAUUCAAGGCAAUUUCUAGUCAAAAAGAGCACCACUGACAGAGUGGAUGGGAGUCUCAGCCUUUCUGCUGACCCCACAAGAGUGGAGCUGAAAGGAGCUGCCUCCUUGGCCAAGGAGUGGUCCAUCAAGCUGCAGAAGAACCACAUACCACCAAAAAAACUCGAGGCACUGAGAACAGAAAGGAAAAUUAAUACAAAUCACUCCUUCAUUCAACAACUACACAAAACAGGCCAGAAGUUGUACGUGGUUCAUGAGACCAUAGAAACCCUGGAGGAGGCCAGCUAUGAGGAAACCUCUGACGCAAGGGGGAACUUCAUGGCCCAGUUUUACGCCGAGUUCUGUGCCAAGGGCGCCAGAGAGAACAAGCAAAGCAUAACCAUACCCAAGGGCUGCACCCUGGCCUUCAAAGCAUUCCAGCUGGCCAUUUCAGAUGCAUCAUGGGAUCUUCAUCAUUUCCCAGAAGAACUUACACGCAAUUUGGUAUCUGAUGGUGUCUUGCAAGGAACAUUAGGAGCCCUGGAGGCAGAAGUUAAAAGGAAUUGUCACAUUCUCUCCACAUUGUCUUCUCAGCUGUCCAUCAUCUUCUUAAAAGCCAUCAAAGCUGUGAUGAGAGACAGGAACCUCUUCCAAGAACUGAGCCAGAAGAUGGAAGCAGUUCUUGAUGGAGGUGACAGUGGAGAGCUGAAAACAGAAAGUGCAGCCUUAAAAGAGCUGCUGAGCCACUUGGAGCAUUCCUCAGCACACAUUCUCCAACGCAUGGCAGCAGCCAUCAUCUACACUCUUGAUGCUUUAGAAGAGCUCAAUGAGGAUCAGCUCCAGAUGCUGCUCGAGUCCUUGGAGAACAAGAUUGUGUCCAAACAGCUUAAGCUGGUUGAGAGCAUCUUGAAACAGAAAGAACACGGGAAGGGAGUCAGCAAAGACCCCAGCUUGCUCUCCUUCUCCCGAGAGAGGGAACACCAACUAACCAUUGUAAUGAUGGAGAUGAGUGGGGUGAAGCUCGAUGAGGAUGGAUCUGCUGACUGCACAAAAGAAGCCUUCUCAGCCACAGCAGCCCUGUACGUGUCUCUAUAUGUCCUCAAUCUUCUGA